CCACUGGGCUCCCGCACCCCUGCUGGCCCAGCCCUCACGGUGCAGCGGCUUGGCCCUUGAGGGCGGGUGGUGGGCCCCAGCUCUCCCCCACAGAUGGAGGCCGUCGUCCUCAUCCCCUGCGUGCUCGGCCUCCUGUUGCUGCCCCUGCUGGCUGUAGCCUUGUGCGUGCGCUGCAGGGAGCUGCCCGGCUCUUAUGACACUGCGGCCUCUGAUAGCCUGACCCCAAGCAGCAUUGUGCUCAAACGGCCUCCCACGGUCGUGCCCUGGCCAUCAGCCACCUCCUACGCUCCUGUUACCUCCUACCCACCCCUGAGCCAGCCGGACCUGCUCCCUAUCCCGAGGUCUCCACAGCCCCACCGCAUGCUAUCUUCCCGGCCGGACUCAGCUAGUGCCAACAGUGUGGCAAGCUACGAGAACGAGGGUACGUCUGGGGCCCCGGGUGCCCUGCUUGCAGGCAGGCUGGGGCCUGGCCCGGGCCCCACUGAUCGCCGUGUCGCUACCCCAGAGCCCGCCUGUGAGGACGAGGAUGAGGACGAGGAGGAGGACUAUCACAAUGAGGGCUACCUGGAGGUGCUUCCCGACAGCACGCCAGCCACCAGCAGUGCUGUCCCACCGGCUUCUGUGCCCAGCAACCCCGGCCUCCGAGACAGCGCCUUCUCCAUGGAGUCGGGGGAGGAUUAUGUGAAUGUCCUCGAGAGCGAGGAGAGUGCAGACGUGUCUCUGGAUGGGAGCCGGGAGUAUGUGAACGUGUCCCAGGAGCUGCCGCCCAUGGCUAGGACCGAGCCUGCCAUCCUGAGCUCCCAGAAGGUGGAGGAUGAGGACUACGAAGAGGAAGAGGGAGCUCCAGAUUAUGAGAAUCUGUAGGGGCUUAACUGAGGGUCCGCGUGAAGCCAUGCCUGUCCUGGAACCAACCUCUCCUGGGAGCCCUGAGCUGGGCAGCUGGCAGGGCUCUGGGGGGUCCCAGUGGCACCCCGCCCUGACUCCAGCCUGAGAUCAGUCUGAGACUCUCCCCCCUAACUUAUUGUCACUUUGGGGUCCAGCCUGUGUGCCCCCAACACUGCACCUUCUGACGCAGCCUGAGAAUGAACUACCCCGGCCCCAGCCCUAUUCUGCAGUAGAAUAAAGGCUGACGUGGUCUGUAGCGCUCUUGCCUUUGGGGGGCCUGGUGGGUGGGAGUCCGUGUGAGGGGGGGCUGUGCCUGAGCGCCUGUG